AUGGCACCAAGAAAACGCAAGGCUGAGGAAACUGCAGCGGCUACGAUGACGCCGGGAAGAGUAACUCGCUCGGCGACGAGAAAAACUCGUUCGUCGGCGAAGCGAUCACGAUCCAAUUUAGUUGAGUUACCAGAUCUGAGAAAGUCAUCGAGUAAGACGAAGAAGAAGAAGAAGGUGAAAAGAGCUGAAGGUAAUGAAGCUUCUGCGGCUGAAGGUGAGAAAGCGAAAGGAGAAACUUCCAAGAUCGUUCCAGAACCUUCUCCGGCUGAAGGUGAGAAAGCAGAAGGAGGAAUUUCCAAGAACGAUCCAGAAGGUUCUAUGUCUGAAGGUGAGAAAGCGGAAGGAGAAACUUCCAAGAGCGUUCAAGAACCUUCUGCUAUUGAAGGAGUGAAAGCGGAAGCGGAAUCAUUCAAAGAAGAUCCAGAAGUUUCUACGGCUGAAGGUGAAAAUGCAGAAGGAGGAACUUCGAAGAAUGUUCCAGAAGCUUCUGCGGUUGAAGAAAUGAAAUCGGAAGUAGAAAUCGUGAAAGGUGAUCAACCUGAAGGGGAAACCUCCAAGAACGUUCUGGAAUUUUCUGCGUCUGAAGAAGUGAAUGCGGAAGGAGAAACCUCCAAGAACAUUCCAGAAGCUUCUGCGUCCGAAGUUGAGAAAGCGGAAGGAGAUGCAUCUAAUAACGUUCCAGAAGCUUCUGCUGCUGAAAAAGAAACAUCUAAGACCUUUCCAGAAGCUAUUACGACUGAAACUGAGAAAACCGUAGGAGAAGAAUCUAAGUACGUUCCGGAAGGUUUUUCUGCUGAAAAAGAAACCUCUAGUAAAGUUCCAGAAACUUCUAUGGCUGAAAGUGAGAAAGUGGAAGCAGGAGCCUCAAAGAGCGUUCCAGAAGCUUUUGCUGCUGAAAAAGAAACAUUCCAGAACGUUGUAGAAACUUUGUUUGAAAACGAAGGGGCUGGGAAUGAAGCUAGGCCUGCUUUGGGGGUAUUGGAAGAGAAAAUGGAAGAUUUUAGGAAGGACGCCAAUUUGAAGCCUUAG